AUGAGUGGUGCGUGUGAAUCUGCUGCAUGUGCUUCCGAGCUAAGCGAGCCUCAGUUGAAAGAGGGAAGCGUUUCCCCCAGCAGCUCGCAGGCUGAGACCGUGCGUGUGAUGGAGGUCUUCAGCCCAGACCCUGCGCACCAUAAAAGUGGGGUCCGUCCUGUGUCCAUGCAUCCUCUGGAUUUGCGUCCUCCCGGCGACUCCACUGGACCCUUUGUGAGUACAAUGAGCUCGGCCUGUCCUGAGACUGGGUCUGCAUCUUCUUCGCAGCUGCUUUGUGAUUCUAUGCGGCCCGCGAGGGUUUCUUCGACCGAAAGAUCAGAUUGCUCUGGGCAGAGCACUGGUGGAGUGCAACAGGUGUCCUGCAAUGCCUCGAGCCUUGGCAUCCGCACUGGUUCCCGGCCGGUCUUCACAGGUCUGGUGACCACAUGUGUCGAGGGUGAGAAGGUGUCGCGGCCCAGUGUCCUGCGUGAGGUAACCCCUAUAAGCUCGAGACCUGUUUUCACCGGCCCGGGGUCCAUUCCCCGGAGGGGCGAGGGAUAUCCCGCACGAGGUGAGUCAGACCCUCCUGUGAUUCAAGAGGUGCCGGAUGCUGAAGCUGUUGGCAAUCCGCUGGCCUCGUUGCUUCCGUGCGGCAGGCCCCUGCCCCCGCGUCCUCCAACCCCCAAACGGAAACGUCUUGAGCCUGAGAGGGCUAGUUGCUCAAGUGGCAGUGCCUCUUCUGAAGAGGGCCUUACGCCAGCAGAUGCAGAGGCCUUUUUGGCAAGGCUUGAUGCCCGCCCCACAUGUUCGUCAGGACAUCCAUUGUUUUCCUUUGGGCCACCUGAGCCAGGGUGGUGGUGCAGCUCUUGUAAGCGUGUGUUCACAACACGCCGCUUGCUUUGGGGGUGCAGGGUUUGCGACUUUGAUGUUUGCGGCAAUUGCUUGGUCAAUCUUCGCAGUGAAACAACCAGCGCACCCUCGGCUGCGGGUGCGACCACCCCGGCCCCAGGUGACUCCGGUGGUGUUGAAGCGUGGCCUUCAGUGCGGCUUUUGCGUGCUUCGGGGACCCUCCCACGGAAAGAUAUGUUCCCGGAUGAUUUACGGUUGACUCUGGAGGUUGAUGGGCAAGAGCUUCCGGUUGUGGGGUCCUGUUUGGCGCCUGAGCUCAAGGGUGGGUUCCGUAAGGUGUUCCACCUUAGAGGGGCAUGGCCCUCCCCCAACGUUGUGUUGAAGCUCGCCCAGAGUGAUGCAGACAACAUCAAUGAAGUCAAGUGUGCUGCUGUGUGUCCAGCUGCAUUUACGCACAUCCUUGGCAGUGGCUCGAUAUAUGGAUUUCGCUCGGUGUUGGUGGCUUGUGCAAAGCGUCGUAUGUCGUCGCCGAGCGGGCAGUCCCGUUGA